AUGAUUGCUCUGCAACCUUUUCAAAAAGCUCGGAUCCUCAAACACUGCCGUCAACUCGCCGGCAACAAUGAGAUCAGUGUGGAGCGAAAAUAUGACGGCGAAUACUGUCAGAUCCAUGUAUGGAUAGAGGGUGGUGAGUUUCAUAUCACCAUUUUUUCCAAGAGCGGACGAGAUUCCAGCAAAGAUCGAAAAGACCUCCAUGCCACAAUUCGGCAGUGUUUAGCCAUUGGUACGACAGGUUGCAAACUCAAGCGACAAUGCGUCCUCACUGGAGAAUUAUUGGUGUGGAAUGAUCGCACGCGUUGUAUCAUGCCGUUCCACAAGAUCCGUCGCUAUGUUUCCCGGGAAGGGCGCCAACUGGGAUGUGGUCGAGACUCACCUCCUUGCGAGGAUGAGCACCUGAUGAUCAUGUUCUACGAUCUUCUCAUCCUUGACGACAUUGUGUGUCUUCAUGAGCCACACAAUGUCCGACGUCGGAGGCUCUGGGCCACAAUUCAUCGGAUCCCUGGCCGAGCCGACAUCGGUCACCGGGUAAAAAUCGAUUUGAGAAAGGUCGACGGUGCGACUCGUCUUGGGGAGGAAAUGGCGUCCGCCAUUGCCCGAGGCUGGGAAGGCCUGGUCAUUAAAGAUUGCGAAGCUCCAUACUUCGCAGUUCACGGCGAUGUGCCGCAAAUCAAGCUGAAGAAGGAUUACAUUCCGGGGUUAGGCGAUUCAGCCGAUUUGGUGAUUGUAGGUGGCCGUUACGACACAAAAGAAUUCUGGGCGCAGAACGAAAAGGGUAUCUGGUGGACAACUUUCUACCUGGCCUGCUUGAGCAACAAGGAGGCGAUGUUGCGUUCAGAGGCUAAACCGGUCUUUCAGAUAGUGACCAGUGUUACUCGACCUUGCCUGUCGAUGGCCGAUGUUCGGUAUCUGAAUCGCUACGGUGUAUUCCACCAAGUCCCUUUCGCGGAGUCAAUCAGCCAAAUGGAGGUUCAAAUUGAUUUCGUGGCCCCUAGUCGACCAAGUGAGCUUUUUGUAGAACCGGCGGUCGUCGAAGUCGUGGGGGCCGGGUUUGAUCGUCCGGCGGACCAACGCUUCUUGACAUUACGCUUCCCUCGGAUCGUCAAGAUACAUCAGGAUCGGACGUUCAGUGAUUCUCUCGAUUUUACGGAGUAUCAGCAAUUAGCUCAAGAGAGCAUGGCGUUGGCUGCGGAAGUGAAUGACAUUGAUGGACAAAGACAGACAUCUCAUGCAUCCUCACCGCUCCAACGCGUAGAAUCUGCACGCUCAACUUCAACUCCAAGUAUAGAAUCAGGAAUGGAAAGAGAGGUUGAUGAUGGAAACGAGAUCAGCCAGGACGAUAACUCGGAUGAAGAACCUCUCUCAGUAUUGAGUGAACGACCUCAAGUGGCAAAGCGGCGAAGAUCACCAGAAGACUCUCCCACUUUUGCUGCCACUUGCAAGAAGACAAAAAAGUUAUGGACAUCAAAGAGUGAAAGGUUACAGGGUACGGCAAGAGGAAUGACAAACCCAGUGACCGUUUGA